AAUCACGUCUGCGCUCGCGCCUCUCCAUUGGCCGCCUCGCGCUCAUUUAGCAGCUGUCAGAGCGCGCGGCCCGGGCAUGCUCCGGUAACUUUUCCCAGCAAGGCACAGCUUCAACCAAAGUCUGCUCAAACAAGUCCUUCUCAUUCCUCCCAGCGCUGUGGAUGACACGGAGGAGGAGGACGCUGCGGUUCUAGCUCUGAGUGGAUUUCAGUCAUCCCUCCGUGUUUUUGGAGGCUGAAUGUUUCUGCCUGUUUGACUCUGUCCCACAAAGACGAGGUGAAUGUACAGCAUCAUGAUGGAGACGGACUUGCAUUCCCCCGUGGUGCCCCAGACAAACCCAUCCAACCCGGGGGGACAUGCGGGAGGGGGAGGCGGGGGGCCCGCAGGGAAGGUCCCACAAGAGAGGAUCAAGAGACCCAUGAACGCCUUCAUGGUGUGGUCCCGGGGCCAGCGGAGGAAAAUGGCACAGGAGAACCCUAAGAUGCACAACUCGGAGAUCAGCAAGCGGCUGGGCGCGGAGUGGAAGGUGAUGACCGAGGCGGAGAAGAGACCUUUUAUUGAUGAGGCCAAGCGGCUCCGGGCGAUGCACAUGAAGGAACACCCGGACUACAAGUACCGCCCGAGGAGGAAGACCAAGACUCUACUCAAGAAGGACAAGUACUCUCUGGCCAGCGGACUCCUCGGCUCAUCGCCGGGUGUGGGGAUGGGCGGCGGGCAGCGACUGGAGAGCCCCGGAGCGGGCCAUGUGGGGGCCAGCCCGGGCUACGCCUCGCAUGUGAACGGCUGGGCCAAUGGGACGUACUCGGGCCAGGUGGCGGCUGCAGCGGCGGCGGCUCACGCCAUGAUGCAGGAGGCGCAGCUGGCGUACAGUCAACACCCGGGCAGCGGGGCUCACCCACACCAUCACCCGCACCACCACCACCCGCAUCACCACCCGCACAAUCCACAGCCGGUGCACAGGUAUGACAUGAGCGCUUUGUCUUACAGCCCCAUCUCAAACUCUCAGAGCUAUAUGAGCGCCUCUCCGCCGGGCUACGGCGGCAUCACCGGCUACACUCACCAGCACCAGAGCUCCGGUGUCUCCCCUGUGUCCGGGGCCAUCGGAGGAACUCUGGGCUCUCUCGUGAAAUCUGAGCCGAGCGUCAGCCCGCCGGUUUCCACGGCACGUGCCCCGCCGCCAUGCCCCACGGGAGACCUGCGGGACAUGAUCAGCAUGUACCUGCCCACCGGCGAGGCGGCGGGCGAUUCCUCCGUUCAAAGCAGACUGCAUGUGCUCCACCCGCAGCACUACCAGAGCGGGGGCUCCGCUCCGGUGAACGGGACGGUCCCCCUCACGCACAUUUAAAACGUCCACAUGAACUGUAAGCACUGGAGACACAACCAAAUAUUUCCACUCUACAUGCGGGCUCCCAGGACUGUAAAUUAUAGGCGGCUGCAGCCAUGAAAAUGAAAUGUAAUCACUUCGAACAAACGUUUUUUUUUUUUUUUAUUAUUAUUGUCAUUUUAAAUCUCUUACAAGUGAUGGAUCUUUUUGUCUGUCCGAGUUGAAGGAAAGCGCCUCAGAUUUACUGUCGCUCUCUGGAGCAGAGCAUGCCAACUUCUGACGCGAUUUAAAUUAUAAUCCGUACAUGCUGGUGAAGUUUAAAUCUUAUUUUAUUCUCCGACAUUUCGGUGGAGUUACAGACACCACCCGAGUGUUUGGAGGAUGUUUUUGAAGAGGGAAGCGUAUAAUAAAUGCAGAGCGGUGUGGGGGGGAGAAAAAAGUUACAGGUUGCAGUUUCAAUUGAUUUCCAGUUUUGAUGCUUGUAAACAUGUGAAUCAGUGUAAUUUGAAUUUGUUCCUGUUGUUGUAAAAUCUUGUAAAUUGUGAAUAAAUAGGCCUAGUGAAAACGCUUUUAUGCAACUGUAUACAUAAUUUACAGAAAGCAAAUCUACAUUUUGCAGCUGAAGACGGAGCAGCGCUGAGUUUAAUAAAUUUUUCAAGAUUUCUUUGUUUCUUGGAGAAACGUUACA